GCAUCAAAUGCUUGUACAUUUGAGACAUGAAACUCCCUCAGCUUCUGCACCCACGCAACGUACAUGAAUGCGUAGCUUGAACUCAAAGUGGUCUCGUCGCAUGGGAUAAGAGGUGGGCUCCACGUCUCCAACGGCCACCUACAACUCGGUAUAAUAAACGCCAAGACCUAGAUCAUCGGCUACAGUCUUCAAGGAAAGGAAAUUCCAGCUCAACGGUCGCAUUGCAGGUGAUAAUCGUCGGAUUCCCCCGUUUUCGUUGCCGGAAACUCCCGCUAUGGCGGCGGAUUUCGAGGCCGCGGUGGAGGACGGGCUGCGCCUCUCCAAGAGGAUAUACUUCGGCAAGGACAGGGCGGUGGCGCCGCCCAAGCCCCACACGGCCAUGGAGCGAGCCGCCGGCUGCUCCUACCUCCCUAAUUCCCCAAUGCUCUACGCCGUCAUCACCGACCCAGCCGUCGUCGACAACCCGGACAUGCCUAGCUACCAGCCGCACGUGCACGGCAGGUGCACCCCCCCGGCCCUAAUCCCGCUCCAGAUGAAUGGGGUUUUGCUCGAGGUCGAUUGCUACCUCGACACGGCGUUCGUCACGGUCACCGGCACCUGGCGCGUGCACUGCGUCAUGGGGAGCCGCAGCUGCGAUUGCCGGAUCGCGGUUCCCAUGGGCGAACAGGGUUCAAUUCUAGGUGUGGAGGUUGAGGUGCCCAGGAAAUCGUAUAGUACCGAAUUCAUUUCCGUGGACAAUGAAAAAGGUCCAGAAAAUGUUGGAAAAACUGAAGGCGCGGGCUUCUUGAAAGCCCAUAUAUUCACUCUCACAGUCCCCCAGGUUGAUGGUGGAACCAAUAUAUCAGUUAAACUAAGAUGGUCUCAAAAGUUACUGUAUCAUGAUGGCCAAUUCACCUUGAGGAUUCCAUUUAGUUUUCCUGAGUAUGUAACUCCUGCUGCAAAGAAGAUAUCUAAACGGGAGAAGAUAGAAUUGAAUGUUAAUGCUGGUCCUGAAACAGAGAUUCUGUGUAAAACAACUAGUCAUCCUUUAAAGGAGCGACUACGACAAGCAGGAAAGUUGGGUUUCCUCUAUGACUCCGAAGUUCUUUCAUGGUCAAGCAAUGAUUUUAUGUUUUCCUACACAGUAUCUACAAGUCAUACGUUUGGCUCUGUACUCUUGAAUCCACCAUUGGCAGGUGAUGUAGAUCGUAGAGAUAUGUUCUAUUGCUACCUUUACCCAGGAAAGCAGGAGAGUGCAAAGGUUUUCAGGAAGGAAGUAGUGUUUGUUGUUGACAUGAGUGGAAGCAUGAGAGGUCAACCUCUCGAAGAUACAAAAACUGCCCUAUUUUCUGGCCUCGCCAAGCUUGGUCCCAAAGACUUGUUUAAUGUAAUAGCGUUCAAUGAUGAAACUUGUAUGUUUUCCUCGAUUCUGGAACCAGCAACUGCGGAUAAUAUUGAAAAUGUCAAUAAGUGGGUUAAUUCGAAUUUUGUAGCAAGUGGUGGCACAAACAUUUUGCUUCCGCUAAAUCAGGCCAUCAAGAUAUUAUCUGAUAAUCCUGAUUCAAUUCCAAUCAUUUUUCUUAUUACUGAUGGGGCUGCUGAAGAUGAGAAAAAUAUUUGCGGGUACCGUGAGAAACAGCUAAGAAACUACAAAAAUAUGUCGCCAAGAAUAUGCACACUGGGCAUAGGUAAGUUUUGUAACCAUUAUUUUCUUCGGAUGCUUGCAAUGACUAGUCGCGGGCAUCAUGAUGCUGCUAGUGAUGCGGAAUCUAUUGAGGCUCGACUGGAAGGCCUGUUUUCUAGAGCGUCAUCCAUUUUUCUUGCAGAUAUUGCUUUUCAAAAUCUUGAUGGACUUGAUGAUCUUGAGGUGUUUCCUUGCCAAAUUCCAGACCUUUCCUCUGAAAGUCCCUUGGUUGUGUCAGGCAGAUACCGGGGAACAUUUCCUGAGACCCUUAAAGUCAAUGGUUGCCUUGGAGAUAUGACCAGUUUUACACUAGACCUGAAGGUGGAAGAGGCAAAGGAGAUACCUACAGCAAAGAUGGCAGCCAAGCAUCAGAUCGAACUACUUACAGCUCAGGCGUGGUUUUCAAAUAGUCAGGAGCUUGAGAAGAAGAUAGCAAAAAUGAGUGAGCUGAAUACCGUUGUUUCUGAGUACACAAACAUGGUUUUGCUCGAGAUUCAGAGAGGGAAAGCGAAUACAGAUACCAAAAAGUCCUCCAGAAAAGGUGACGCUCAUCAGAAAGAAGAGCCUAAGCCAAAAGUGAUCUCAACGAUGCACAACAUCGGGCUGGGGUAUGGCAGUCUGAGCGCGACAGCUGAGAACAUCCCUUCAGGGUAUGGGGACCCCGAUGACCCGGAUGGUGCAGAAGUAUUUACGAAGUCAGGUUGUGGGUGCUGCGGAAGAUGUUGGAGGCACUGCUGCUGCAUGUGCUGCAUCCAAGUAUGCUCGCGGAUGAACGAUCAGUGCGCCAUCGUCUUCACUCAGUUGGUCAGCGCCUUGGCAUGUUUAGGCUGUUACAGCUGCUGCAGCGCAUGCUGCGGUGGAGAAGAAGGAUGAGAAUUUGGAAACGGAAGUACAUAACAAAAACUUGUAUAUUUAUAUCUCUUGUCUAUAGAUAUAUAUAUAUAUCAACUGAGACUGAGAGGAGCUGCUGUUACAGAAUAUCAAAUUAUAAUCUUAUAUAUUUAUAAGUUAAAUCUUGGCUGAUAA